UCCCUGCUCGGAGUCAUCCAGGUCCCCGCCGCCGACGCUGCCGGGCUAUGGAGGAGCGGAUGGAGCCCGUGAGCGUCGCCGCUGACGGCGGGGAGCGACCGCCGGCCCCGGCGGGCUCCGGCUUGUCAGCUUCCCAGCGUCGGGCCGAGCUGCGGCGGAGAAAGCUGCUGAUGAACUCGGAACAGCGCAUCAAUCGCAUCAUGGGCUUCCACAGGCCCGCGAGCGGCGCGGAAGAAGAAGGUCAAGUAAAAUCCAAGCUACAGGACGAAGAGAAACUCAACUCCCUCAGUAGCCCUUCAGUGUCAAAGCGAGUCGUGCUGGGUGAUUCAGCUGGUACAGGAGCCUCUGACCAGCAGGGUGGGGCAGCCCAGGGAAAGAGCACCCAGUUGGGAGACAGACUGGACUCUCUGGUUAAGCCGCCUGAAGGCAGUAACGAUGCCAGCCUGGAGCUGCGGCAGCGCAGCCGGGGGGACCCGGCGGCAGAGCCGCUUCGGAGCGGGUCCCGCCACGGGCUGGAGCAGUACCUGGCCAGGUUUGAAGAGGCCAUGAGAUUGAGGAAGCAGCUCAUCAGCGAAAAGCCCAGCCAAGAGGAUGGAAGUGCCACGGAAGAAUUUGAUUCUUUUCGAAUAUUCAGAUUGGUGGGAUGUGCCCUGCUUGCUCUGGGAGUCCGAGCUUUCGUUUGCAAAUACUUGUCCAUAUUUGCUCCAUUUCUUACUUUACAACUUGCCUACAUGGGACUGUACAAAUAUUUUCCCAAGAGCGAGAAGAAGAUCAAGACGACGGUCCUGACCGCUGCCCUGCUGCUCUCGGGGAUUCCUGCCGAGGUGAUAAACCGAUCGAUGGACACCUACAGCAAGAUGGGGGAAGUCUUCACGGACCUCUGUGUCUACUUUUUCACUUUUAUCUUUUGUCAUGAACUGCUUGACUACUGGGGCUCUGAGGUACCAUGACAUGUACCGAGCUCAGGAGAAGCCCCCAGAUCCCCAUGUCUGUCCCUGAGGGAGGCAACCUGGUCACCCUCUCUGUCAUUCUUUCACUUGGUAGGGUUUGGUUAAAAUUGCAGAUUCCCUGAUCCAAAAGGGGGGCGGGUCAUUACUGGUUCUGAUAUGAAGAUGAGGGUCCCGGGGUCAUGAAUUGAUUUUCCUUGUUUAGUUAGGAUCUGCAGUCGAUACCUUUUCCAGUCCUCAGAUUUGUAAGUCGGCUCCUGGAGCCUGAGCUAGUUAUUUUGGGAGAGCAGAUAAAUGCCCUUAGGUCUGUUCUUGCGCGUCAUUCUGUCCUAAGAAAUGAAGCCAUUGUAAAAAUAAAAUGGAAGGAACUCAA